AUGGCUGGAAAACUGGCAUUAGGUGAUGUGAUUUCUUUCUUUCUUGUGGUGAUCAUAUUCAUACAUCUAUUAUCUUAUACAGAAGCAGCAAAAGAAGGUCCUUAUGAUUACUAUAUAUUUGCUGCCAAAUGGCCUGUAACUAAAUGUAAUACACAAGCGCUGAUUGAUAAAAAAAUUAAAUGUCAGUGGCCAAUCCUCGGAAAUUUUACCAUCCAUGGUAUUUUUCUAAUGUAUGAGCCUGAUGAUGUUGUUCCUUCUUAUCUUACCAAUAGUGGAUGUACUAAUGUCACACCCAUGAUGUCAGAUGAUAUUACGAGGGUGCGAUUAACUUCAAUUUUGGCUGAUAUGAUGAAAUAUUGGCCAAACAUUGUGUAUUAUCAUGACGAAGAAGCAUGUGAAAGAUUCUGGAAGUAUGAGUGGGAGCAACAUGGAAUGUGUUUUGACAAACCUAACACCCCUUUAUAUUUUUUUAAGACUGCAUUACGAAAAAUUUAUCCAGAUGGUAAAUGGUAUAAAGGAUCUGCCAUUAGAGAAGCAAUAAGUAAAGCCGUAGGAAAGCAGCCCACAAUUCAUUGCAAUAAAGAUAACGAAGGAAGGUUACAAUUCGACGAGAUUUGGUUAUGCUUCCAUAGGAAUGGCACCGCAAUGUCAUGCGAGAAGGAGUUUGAUAAUUGUCCAAAUAUUGAGCAAAGAGGGAUAAAGUUUCCUGGUCCUUUCAUAGUGGGUGGAAAAUAA